AUGGCUGCAGUAGUUUCAAUCAUUAAGACAGAUAGAGUGCUCCCCAAGAAAUCCCUCCUCCCUCCCAAAAUCAUCACCCUCUCGAAUUUGGACCGACAGUGUCCAACUCACAUGUACUUAAUUCUGUUCUACAAACAGCCUGCUGCUGCUGCAGAUCAUCAUCAUCUCCAGCGGGCCGAUCUUCAGGAUUCGGUUUAUGGUGGGCUGAAAUCCGGGCUGGAGGAGACUUUGGAGGCCUGGUACCCUGCUGCAGGAAGGCUGUGUGUGGAUCCAGAGGAUGGGAAUAGGCUGAACCUUUGGUGCAACAACGAAGGUGGUGUGUUGGUGGAGGCUGUGACUGAGGUCAAGAUCUCUGAGCUUGGAGAUGAUCUCUCUCAGUAUGACGAGUUUCUCGAGAAGUUGGUGUACAAGCCGGUUUUCGAUGUCGAUUGCUUGUCCCAGAUGCCUCUCCUUGUUGCUCAGGUGACGAGAUUCGGGUGUGGAGGGUAUUCAAUAGGGAUAGGGACGAGCCACUCCUUAUUCGACGGCCCAUCCACCUUCCGCUUCCUCUCCGCCUGGGCUUCUGCUGCUGCUGCUGCUUCGCCGCCGUCUUCAACGCAACCUAUGAGCAGUGGCAGUAGUAUCGUCGAUCACGAUAGACGGAGCUUGACGUCUCUGGGUUGUGUUGAUUAUAACGGCGAAAAACGAACCAAGGCAGCAGACGCGGCGGCCAUUGACCAUCUCUACCGCUUGAUUCAUCAGCAACAAGCUGCCGCCGCGGCGGCCAAGGGCGAUGAUGAUGAUGAUGAUGAUCAGAAGAACGGCGGUAGCUUGGUGCUCAAGACUUACCAUCUCGGCAGUGCAAUGAUAGACAAACUACGAAGGAAUAAUGUAUUUGGCGGUAUCUCCUCGUUUGAGAUCGUAGCAGCUCACUUAUGGAAGGCGAGAACCAAAGCUUUACUAGGACCAAACAACAAAACAACCAUGGUGUGCCUCCAAUUCGCCGUGGACAUACGAAACAAGCUCACCCCUCCACUCCCGGCGGGCUUCACCGGCAACGCCUUCGUGCUAGCCUCCGUCGCAACGACGGCCGGCGAGCUACAACAAUCCACCCACCAAUCCGUCGUCGACCGAAUCCGCCUCGCCAAGGCCUCCAUCACGCCUGCCUACGUGGAGUCCUACAUGGCAGCGCUGGACCGCCAGCACGGCAACAGCAGCCUCCCGCCUCUCAGGGAGCUCACUCUCGUGUCUGACUGGACCAGAAUGCCCUUCCACAAGCUCCGUUUCCUCGGCGGAGAUCGUGACGUGGACUGCGCGUGUCCGCUGCUGACACCUGUCCCUCAGGUUGCUUACUUCAUGCAGAGUCCCGUCGAUGCCAAGGGGAUUGACGUCAGGAUCGGAGUUCCUGCCGGCGACGUCGAAGCCUUCACUGCCGAUUUCAUGGCGGCUAUGGUUUGA